GAGCGGUGCAGCAGCAGCGCAGGAAGCACGCACGCACGCACCAGUACCCGACCGCAACUCACCUUACCUCUGCCGCCCUCAAGUGGCCCCGUCCUCAGCUGAAGGGGGACGACGACGUGCACCUGGCUGCAUUUCCGCCAUCCAAACCACCAUCUCCAAAUCUCCCAUUUUCCUCCCGUCGUGUCUCGCUUCUACCUUAGCCUUUCAACGGCUGGCAACAAAGGCUCAGUUUGCGAGCAACCCAAGCCCACCCAAAAGGGGAAGUCUCUUUUCUUUCGCGUACUUUAUGCCCGUAAUACCGACCGCUUCAUUCAACAGCAAGCUCGAGACGAUCCCCCCUCUGCCCCUGGCUCCGAAACCAUGUGACGGAACCAUCGAAUCCCGCCCACCAACUUCGCUCCCAUCGCCAACUCGCUCGCUUUUCUUCGAUUACUCUUUCAAGUACACACAAGACUUCAGCGCAUUCUGCUUCUAGUAGUUCUGACUUUGCGCUGGCGGACAGAACUCGUCCACCCUCAAACACAACCCCCCACGGCCAUCCGCGAAGGCUGACAUCCGACGUCAACUCCUACCUAAACCCUGCCUGACGCCGCUGCAACCGCUGCCUUUGCAUUACCGCCGCCAGCCUUACGUAGUAGUUGCUCCGCUUCAACCCAAGACCGAAUACCAUCUAUAGACGCGCCGUUACGGUCUCGGCUCUAACCGUUACAUACGCACGCAAUACAUUACUUUUGACGCACCUUUGCUGCCUCUAUCUGCUAUACCCAGGCCCGCGUCUUGGCCUCCAACCGCGCAAACAUGGUUUCCGACGAGCAUUACGAGAUCUGCCUACCGAUUCUCCAGGAUGUCACCCUCGAGGAUGAAGACAAGACGGACAAGCUAGAAGAUCUCCUGCGAAACCAGACGACUCUGAAUGGCUCCUCACUAGAUAAUGCGAUCCUGGAUGUCCUAUGGCGAUACCGUGACGGAGGUGGACUGGCAGCCUCCCCUCCUCCUAUCCGUCAGACUAUCUUGCGGCGACCAUCACCUGCAUCAUGGCGCGGCAAUGCCACUCCUCUCUCUGGCUCACCCAGACUCGGGGUCAGUCCUCUGGCCCCUCCAGGCUUUGUUCCGUCCUUUACUCCAUCUUUCACGAGAACGAAAUCGUCUGCGGCCUCUCCCUUCUCCUCUCCGAGACCCUCUCCGAGACUCGCAUUCGCGACACCCGCCAUACCCAAUAGCCCGAACUUAAACGCGUACGAGUUCGCAAACGACAAAUCACCUUCUCAUGAAACUUUUGGCGACUAUCAGACGGAAAACGUGGAGUGGCUUGUCGCCGAUGAUGCUAUCAGCGUUACAUCAUCUGUCGGAACCUCAAGUGGCCUGAAUGCUGCUGCGCCUGAGUUUUCCUCCAUGUCGUCACAGCAAGCUGACAUGUCUCCAUAUGACAUGCUGCGUUCGAUACUCGGCCGGACACGAACUGAUGAGGAGAUUGAAGCAGCUCUUGCCCUCCAUGGCUACGACCUAAGCGCAACGAUUGCAUCAAUCAUGGAAAGUCAGGCGCAAGAGAACGGAUAUAGCAGCUCGCAGCCUGACGACAAUAAAGUGUCUCUGAUAGGAAAGGCGCUUGCUGCAGAAGGACGGCCCAGUACCCCAGCUGGACAAAGGUCGGGCGUUAUCUGCAAAUUCUACAUGUCCACGGGACAAUGUUUAAGGGCAGAUUGCAGAUUCAGUCAUGACUUGAGCAAUCAUUUGUGCAAAUACUGGGUAAUGGGCAAUUGUCUAGCUGGCGAAACUUGCAUAUUCUCCCAUGACCCAGCACAUCUAAUGAACAAGCUGGCGCUGGACGGGGCCAGUACUCCGCCAACAAAGCAGGCCAACUUUUCCGAUCUGAACUUGUUCCCAGCACUUCCACCCGGCACGCCUGAUCACAUUGGCAGUUAUAGCGGAAGCCCAGGUGUUACAAUCGGGCUUACGCCCCCACCCGGCCUGAAGCCGUUCUACGCGAGCGACAGCCCUCGGUCUAGAUCUCGCCCAGGAAGCCGACACCAGCAAGCGAGGGAACUAGUGGCUCCGUCGCUGGACGAUGCAGACGCAUUCCCUACUCUAGGCUCUGCUGCAGCGAAGCAAGGCAAGAAACACCACGGGAAAAGGGGUGGACACGGCCACAAUCAUAAGGAAAAUUACGCACCAAACUCCCUUGCUGAAAUCGUCAAGAUGUCGCCGUCUCCAGGGCCGGCUUUGCUCCGCCAAGAUAUCAAGAAGAUUGGACGAAAUGGGAGCUCAACCAAUAUCCGGAACGGGGAAAACAGCGCGGCAGCACAGGCGAUCCAGAAUCCGAAACACAUUCCGUGGUUAGAAACCGGCGAAAGAGCCAACAAGGCCUACCUCAAAGCUCGUCAAGAAGCUAUCAAGCACGGCGGUCUCAGGAAUAAGUUCCUCCAGAGCGCUGCUCAAGCAUGGAACCGGAACGAUGCUAGGGCCGCCAAAGCCCUGAGUCUGCGAGGCCAGAGCGAGAAUGACUUGAUGCGGAAGGCACAUCGAGAAGCAGCGCGCGAGCUCUACGAGGAACGCAACAGAGGCAUUGCGAACAGUUCCGAGAUAUAUGUAGACCUGCAUGGGCUUCACCCUGAGGAAGCCGUGGAAUACCUUGAGCGGGUUCUAAUGGAGAACGGCAAGGAGACUCGACCGAUUUACGCCAUUACCGGUACCGGUCAUCACAGUAAGAACGGCAAGGACAAGGUCGGCAAGGCGAUUCGUAACUUCUUGAACGAGUGGAGGUACGCUUACCGCGAAUUCUCCGUCCCUGGAGAUCGCAACAAUAUGGGUGGCAUUUUGGGCAUUGAUGCUCGAAGCUACGACAAGUCGUUGGCGCGUGAAGGAACGUCGAGUGCAGACGACAGUAAAGAGGAGGUUGAUAUCUUGAGUCAGGGUGUGGAGAUUGGGGACGGCAAAGUCAGGAUGCUUGUUAGGGAUCCUCCGAAGGGGCCUAGUGGGCGGCGAUGACAACCGGCUACCUAGAAGUGAUGAAAAGACAAUAAAGUAGAAAGAAGCGCAAG